AUGGAGAAGAAAAGUUCAGAAAGCUUUAAAGAAUAUGCUCAACGAUGGAGAGAUAUAGCCGCAGAGGUUCAACCACCAUUAACAGACAAAGAAAUGACAUUUAUGUUUAUGAAUACUUUGCGGGCGCCGUUCUAUGAUCGAAUGAUUGGUAAUGCUACAACCAAUUUUUCUGACAUUAUUGUUAUUGGUGAAAGAAUUGAAUAUGGGAUAAAACAUGGGAGGUUAAUAGAGACUUCAGCUGAGUAUGGUGGAUUAAAGAAAGGAGCAACACCUAAGAAGAAAGAAGGUGAGGGUAGCAAGACCAACUCAGAAACAUUUCGAUUUGACCCAAUUCCUAUGACAUAUACAGAGCUUUUACCUCAGCUAGUUCAUAAUCGACAGUUAGCUCCUAUCCCAAUAAAUCCUAUACAACCUCCUUAUCCAAAAUGGUAUGAUCCAAAUGCUCGAUGUGAUUAUCAUGCCGGAGGAGUGGGACACUCAACUGAAAAUUGUUUAGCUUUGAAAAGGAAGGUGCAAUCUUUAAUUAAUGCUGGAUGGUUGAGCUUCAAAAAAGCUGGUGAGAAGCCGGAUGUCAACAACAAUCCACUUCCUAAUCAUGAAAAUUCAAAAGUGAAUGCGAUAGAUUGUUUUGUUGGAAAGUGUAAAAAUGAAGUUCAUGAGAUAAGGAUGCCUAUGGAAACACUUUUUGAAGGUCUUUUUGAAGCAGGAUAUGUUAGUUUGGAAUAUUUAGACCCCAAUAUAAGAUACGAAGGAUACGAUGAAGGCAAACGUUGUAUAUUCCAUCAAGGAGUUGCAGGCCACGCUAUCCAACAAUGUUGUACAUUUAGAUCUAAAGUACAACAAUUUAUGGAUUCGAAGAUACUCACAGUAUACGAAGGACAAGGAAAAGAUGAGAUGAAAGACAAUAAAAUAUGUACAUUAAUGGGUGAAGUUGCAAAAAAGGAAAAUCCCUUUUUACCAAGGCCUUUGACAGUCUUUUAUCAAGAAAAUCGUAAUAAAUCAAGUUCCUGCAAUCCUAAACAACUCAUUGUCGAAGUACCGAGUCCUUUCAAAUUUAAGGAUUUGAAAGCGGUGCCAUGGCGGUAUGAUUGCCAAGUCAUUACAGGUCCUUCAGUUGAUAAUAUUACAGGAAUCAGCGGGAUAACUCGAAGUGGAAGAUGUUAUAAACCAGAUAAUUUAACAGCUCCUUCAAGUAGUUUAACAUUGGGGCAAGGGAGGAAAAGUGAGAAAAGAAAUGUGAAUGAACAUGACAAAGAGCAGGAUGUAGAGAUGUCUGUCAUAGCAAAAGAUAUAGAAUGCAAAAAACCUGUUACAGAUGAGGCAGCAAACGAAUUCUUGAAAAUAGUAAAACAAAGUGAGUAUAAGAUCAUAGAGCAAAUGCAUAAUACUCCAGCUCGAAUUUCUUUAUUAUCUUUGUUUUUAAAUUCAGAGCCUCAUCGCAAAGUGCUAUUAGAUAUUUUGAAUAAGGCACAUGUUGGACAUGACAUUUCAGUGGAAAAGUUCAGCGGAAUUAUUGGAAGCAUUACGUCUUCAAAUUCUAUAGUCUUCACGGAUGAUGAAAUUCCUCCUGAAGGUUUAGGCCAUAUAAAAGCACUGCAUAUUCAAGUGAAGUACAAGGAUUAUGUUAUAGCAAGAGUUUUAGUGGAUAACGGUUCAGCUCUUAAUAUAAUGCCUAAAUCUACACUAUUAAAGCUCCCAGUGGACAUGUCAUACAUCAAAUCAAGUACUAUGGUAGUGAGAGCUUUUGAUGGAUCACGAAGAGAAGUAAUUGGUGACAUUGAAUUACCAAUCAAAAUUGGCCCAUGUACUUUCAAUAUAGUCUUUCAAGUAAUGGAGAUAACACCUACUUACAGCUUUUUGUUAGGUCGUCCUUGGAUUCACUCUGCAGGAGUGGUGCCAUCUACAUUGCAUCAAAAAUUGAAAUUUAUUGUUGGGAGUAAGAUGAUUUGUUUAAUGGGAGAGGAAGAUUUUCUGAUAACAAAACCGAUAUCAACCCCAUAUGUGGAGGCAACAGAAGAAGCUUUAGAGUGUUCUUUUCGCUCUUUUGAAAUUGCUCAUGCAACUAUGAUGGAAGCAACUGCAGGUGAAGUAAUAAAGUCACACAUGCCUAAAGUUACGACAAAAAGGAUGAUGAGAAGUGGAGGAUAUGGUUUGAAUCAAAGCUUGGAAACACUUCUAAAUACACCAAGCAAUGAAGGGAGAUUUGGUUUGGGUUAUAUGCCAAACGUAUAUGAUAAAAUUAGGCUUCAAAAAGAAAAGAAGAAAAAGUGUUUGGAAAAGCAAGGGAUGAUGGUGUUUGAUCCAAGUCUAAAAUUUAUACCAGCAUUAUAUGAUACUUUCAAGAGUGCUGGUAUAAGUUACUCAUCACGUGACUCUGAUUCAAAACAUUGUUUGUUAACAAAGAUGGAGAGUUUAUCAAUUGCAGCAGUGGCACAAGAAGCAUCAUUUGAAGACGAAACAGUUUAUGCAUGUCCACCUAAUUUUGAGCUUAACAAUUGGGAUGUUGUAGAUCUACCUACAUUUUCUAGAGAUUUUCAAGAGUAA